CGUACAUGCCCGGUACCUCCAAAAGUUCCUUUCACACUUGACGCCUUACGACACACGUGAUAUCUGUGCGACACUCUUCACUCACAUGAACAUAUCCAUCUACUAUCUAGCUAGUAUCCUCGCAGGCCCGAAAGCACAUCCAACGAUAUUGAUUUCACAACAUCUCAACAAUUGCUCGUCUUGUGCGCUGGUUACGCAGUGCAACGCCUUUUUUUUGUUUACUACCAUAAUUACUAGCCGCCAAUUGCAGCGAUGGCUUUACUGAUGCAGAUUCCUGCUGAUGUGAGAAUGAUUCGCGAAAAGAGAUAUCGCGAAGUCCAAGCGAAUGCACACGGAACAGACACAAUCACACGCCGUCCAUUGUUCAGCGAUUUCUUCAGCUCAUUGGAUCAAUGGCGUUCCGUUUCCAGCUUCAAAGGCGACGUUCGGACCUUCAUCGACUCUGGUUGCUCGCGUGAACUGACUGCGCGUAUCCCGGAGGAGAUAAUCGAACGAAUCGAGUUCUUCGCUGCUCAGGAUCGCCGUUCUGAGAUCGAUUGGCCGACGCUUAGAAAGCGUCCAAAGAUCGUCUCACCGUCUCUUCCGCCCCCCUUCAAAGCAUGUCCCUUCCUCGACCGACUUCCCACCGAGAUCCGCGUCUUGAUCUACAAGCAAGUUGUACAGCUCAACACCACGAUCGCAAAGCCAUGCUGCGAAAAUAGUAACAAAGCCGAAGAUGUCGCGGAACAGAAGUCGACAGCCCGCGAGUUGUCCAACCUCAUGACAGUCAAUUCCAAAAUCUGCAAGGAACUCCAGCGCGUCAUCUACGAAGGAAGGCGUUUCGCUAUCCAUGUCCAUUCCGGAUAUGUCGGAGGAGGAGUCGAAUUUGUGGACACCGGGCGUCAACCGCUUCAGUAUCACAUCGGGAAAUUCGACGAUCGAUUUCGAAGAUUCGCCUUGAGUGAUGACUUUGGCUUCUCCAGUCUUGCGCAGAUCGACGUCCACAUAUUUCCCGCCAAAUCCAAAAACCGAGGCGACCGUGCACAUGGCGUUCUCGCAGCCAACGCGAUGAAUGCCGCACUGGUCUAUCUCAUCCAGCAGAGGAUCGAAGAAGGCGGGAAGGUCAACUCCCUAAGGAUAUUCAUCGAGGCACCGAACGAACGAACCGAAAACGAAGAUAGCGAGGCCGCCAAUACAUCGUCUCUUGGUCGAAAGCUCGGCACCACGGAUCCCUGGUGGAACGACCAAACCCAAGAACCCCUCUGGACCUGUUUCCACGGCCUCUCCGACAUCCAACUCGCCCUGCAGCCCUUCAUGCACCUCCACCAGGUCCACGACGUAACCAUCACGCUGCCGUGGAAAUUCACCUCACACAAACCCACCAUAGAGUUCCUCGAAAACCUGCGUUCGAGAAUGCAGAGCAUCGCACCGCUCCCCAUCGACGACGAGACCCUCGCGGCGAAAAUCCAUUGCGCACAUCUUGCGAUGGAGAACCGGGUUGAUUGGAAGAGUAGAAUCCCGUUACUGACGGAGUUGGAAAUUCAGGCCGAGGCGGAAUGUGAGGAUGGUGACGAUGCUUUCGCUGAUAAGGUCAGCGAUUAGUCUUCAGCCAUCCUCUUCCCUCUGCUGUCUUCUUUGAUUUUCCAUGUAUGAUAUGACGAAAUGGGAAGAUAGACUCUUCUCUUUCUUUACCCACUGAGGCAACGACGGGACUGCACAUCGAACGGGAAACCGGGC